UUUACAGUACUUCUGUGCUUUUCAGUUAAAUUUCAUAGUUUUACAGUAUUUCUGUGCUUUUCAGUUAAAUUUCAUAGUUUAACAGUAUUUCUGUGCUUUUCAGUUAAAUUUCAUAGUUUUACAGUAUUUCUGUGCUUUUCAGUUAAAUUUCAUAGUUUAACAGUAUUUCAGUGCUUUUCAGUUAAAUUUCAUAAUUUCACAGUAUUUCAGCACUUUGCAGUUAAAUUUCAUAGUUUAACAGUAUUUCUGUGCUUUUCAGUUAAAUUUCAUAGUUUUACAGUAUUUCAGCACUUUGCAGUUAAAUUUCAUAAUUUCACAGUAUUUCAGCACUUUGCAGUUAAAUUUCAUAGUUUAACAGUAUUUCUGUGCUUUUCAGUUAAAUUUCAUAGUUUUACAGUAUUUCAGUACUUUUCAGUUAAAUUUCAUAAUUUCACAGUAUUUCAGCACUUUGCAGUUAAAUUUCAUAGUUUAACAGUAUUUCUGUGCUUUUCAGUUAAAUUUCAUAGUUUUACAGUAUUUCAGCACUUUGCAGUUAAAUUUCAUAAUUUCACAGUAUUUCAGCACUUUGCAGUUAAAUUUCAUAGUUUAACAGUAUUUCUGUGCUUUUCAGUUAAAUUUCAUAGUUUUACAGUAUUUCAGUACUUUUCAGUUAAAUUUCAUAAUUUCACAGUAUUUCAGCACUUUGCAGUUAAAUUUCAUAGUUUAACAGUAUUUCUGUGCUUUUCAGUUAAAUUUCAUAGUUUUACAGUAUUUCAGCACUUUGCAGUUAAAUUUCAUAAUUUCACAGUAUUUCAGCACUUUGCAGUUAAAUUUCAUAGUUUAACAGUAUUUCUGUGCUUUUCAGUUAAAUUUCAUAGUUUUACAGUAUUUCAGCACUUUGCAGUUAAAUUUCAUAAUUUCACAGUAUUUCAGCACUUUGCAGUUAAAUUUCAUAGUUUAACAGUGUUUCAGUGCUUUUCAGUUAAAUUUCAUUAUUUCACAGUAUUUCAGCACUUUGCAGUUAAAUUUCAUAGUUUAACAGUAUUUCAGUACUUUUCAGUUAAAUUUCAUAAUGUCACAGUAUUCAGCACUUUGCAGUUAAAUUUCAUAGUUUCACAGUUCUUUGCAGUUAAAUUCCAUAGUUUCACAGUUCUUUGCAGUUAA